UUAGAAAGCCAUAAGCAUGGAUGAUAUGUUUCUCUCUGUAGUUUUGGCCGUCCUCUUUCUUCUUCUUGCCUUAAACUUCUGCUUACGAAAAUGCAUGCAACAUAGAAACCUCCCACCAAGCCCACCUGCUCUUCCAAUUAUAGGUCAUCUCCAUCUAGUCAAUCUUCCCCUCCAUCGAUCUCUCCAUGCUCUUUCACUGAAAUAUGGUCCAAUCAUUUCUCUCCGAUUCGGUUCUCGCCGAGUUAUGGUCAUAUCAUCGCCGUCCGCAGUGGAGGAAUGCUUAACAACAAAUGAUAUUGUUUUCGCCAAUCGUCCCUCCUUAACCGUUCAGAAGUAUGUUGGUUACAACAACACCACCCUUGCAACGGCCUCGUACGGCGACCACUGGCGCAAUCUCCGCCGGAUAAGCAGUCUUGAAGUUUUCUCAUCGAGUCGUCUAAACUCGUUCAAAGACAUCAGGAGAGAUGAGAUCAAGAUUUUCUUAAAGAAACUCUAUAAUCUCUCGAGCCAUGAUUUUGCUAAGGUAGAGUUGAAACCAAUGCUCACUGAGCUAACUUUUAACAUAAUCAUGCGCAUGGUCGCCGGGAAGCGGUACUACGGCGAGGAAGUGGCUGGAAAGGACAAGGCAGAGGCAGAGCAAUUCAGGGAGAUGAUAAUGGAGACUUUUGCAUAUGCUGGAGCCUCAUAUCUUGGAGAUUUCUUGACCUUCUUGAAGUGGAUUGACUACCAGGGUUUUGUGAAGAGAGUGAUGAGGCUUGCCAAAAGAACUGAUAGGUUUCUGCAAAAUCUUAUUGACGAGCAUCGGAGAGAUGACAAGACAAGACCGGAGAGAAGGAAGGAUACCAUGAUCGGCCAUCUUAUUUCUAUGCAAGAAUCACAACCAGAAUACUAUACAGAUGAAGUUAUCAAGGGCCUGGUUCUGGAUAUUGUAUUUGGUGGUACCGAAUCCUCAGCGGUGACAUUAGAAUGGGCAAUGUCCAAUCUACUUAAUCAUCCAGAAAUCUUGGAGAAAGCAAAAGAUGAUUUGGACUCGCAGAUCGGUGAAGAAAGUUUGAUGGAUGAAUCUGAUAUUUCCAAGCUGCCUUAUCUUCAGAACAUCAUUUCAGAGACCUUGAGAUUGCAUCCACCAGGUCCAUUGCUUCUUCCACAUUUAUCAUCUCAAGAGUGUAGUGUUGGAGGAUACCAUGUAGAGCCCAACACAAUGCUGCUUGUUAAUCAAUGGGCUAUACAUAGGGACCCUGAGCUUUGGGACGACGCAACUGAGUUUAAACCUGAGAGGUUUGAUAGUAGUGCAGGUCAAGGCUCAGAAGCUUACAAGUAUUUUCCAUUUGGGCUGGGAAGGAGGUCGUGUCCUGGAAUGGCUCUUGCAAAUCGUGUUGUAGGGUUUUCUUUGGGGUCUGUGAUUCAAUGCUUUGAAUGGAAAAGGGUAAGUGACCAAGAAAUUGAGAUGUCAGAAGGAAGAGGGCUCUCCAUGCCCAAGGCUGAGCCACUGGAGGCAAUGUGCAAGGUUCGUAAUAUCAUGAAGAAUGUGCUAUCUUCUUCUUUUUAAAGCAUAUCAGUUCAUCUUUUAAUUUAAUGAUAGUUGAAUUCCUGUUUACUUCCCCAUGAUAUAUGUGUCAAUGAAUGUGCACGUGAUAAAUCGUGAUCAAUGUUAUCACUUCAGAUUGGAUCCAUAUGCAUCUGUAGUAUAAAUAGAUAGUAGAAUUUAUAUAAAACUCGAUAUAUUUACACUAAAAAUACAUGAAAUUGAUUUAGAUAAAAAUUUAUUCGUACAUAAAAAUACAUAUAUAAAUUAGAUCCGUAUAAAUUCAUAUUGUAAAUAUUUAGGAGGAUAACAUAAAAUCUCAUAUAUGUGCAUUUGAUAAUGAAUAAAGAUUCUUUUUAUUUUUUAUACUCAUGUUAAGGUAUUAGAUUCAGCUGCUUGCUUGUUAAAAAAGAUUUUACAUCGGCAAAAGUAUAGAAAAAUCAAAUUGUAUAUAAUAGUUAGCACGAAACUACUAAAUAAUUUAGAUUAAUUAUUUUGGGUCUAAUGAAAAGUGGGUCUAAAAGUUAUUUGAAUCAGUUUGAGUCGGACUGUUUUAAUUAUUAAAUCCAUCCGGAAUCAAAAAAAUUAUACAGAGCUAGUGAGCCUGCGAAAAAAAGGUUAUCCAUGAGAGACGAGAUGGAGCGGCCCGAGAUACUAGAAAACUACAAUACCCAAAGAUUCGGUCUUGAUUUAACAAUUGUAUUCGAUUCAGUUGCGACGAGAAUCUCGCAAAAUUACCAUUCGGCAAAUUACUGAAAAAUCAAAUUGUAUAUAAUAGUUAAUUUUAUUUAUUAUACAGUUCAUAAA